AGCUACCAGCGUGGAGUUGCCAAAAGUGAAACUCAACGAUGGCCGGGAAAUGCCGGCGCUGGCGCUCGGCACCUAUCUCGGUUUCAACGAGCACGGUAUAAUCCGGUCUGACAACCACCAGCUCCGUGACGUCAUUGCCCGCUCCAUCGACGUGGGGUACCGCCAUUUUGACACGGCGGCCGUGUACGGCACGGAGGGGGAGGUGGGGGAGGGGGUAGCCGCCAAGCUCAGGGAGGGAGUGAGGAGGAGCGAUAUAUUCGUCACCACUAAGUUAUGGAACACGCACCACAAACGGGAGCAGGUGGCAGCGGCCGUGCAGCAGUCCCUCAACGCCUCAGGACUCGACUAUGUGGACCUGUAUCUCAUGCACUGGCCCAUCGGCUUGAAUGAGAACUACAGCUACUCCGACGUAGACUUUAUGGAGACCUGGCGAGGAAUGGAAGACGCGCACCGCCUGGGCCUGGUGAAGUCUAUCGGCGUCUCCAAUUUCAACCAGGAACAGCUGGCGAGGCUGCUCAAUGAGAGCAGCGUCAAGCCCAGCGUGCUGCAGAUUGAGGUGCACCCGCAGUUCCCCCAAACCUCCCUAGUAUCCUUCGCCCACGGCCGCGGCCUGGCCGUGAUGGGGUACUCCCCGCUCGGGGCGCUCGUGGCGCGCUUCGGAGCCCCCGCGCCCAGGACGGAGACCGUUCUGCAGGACCUAGCCAAGAAAUAUGGGAAGACCGAGGCGCAGGUCAUAUUGCGGUGGCUGGUGGAUAGAAACAUAGUGCCCAUUCCAAAAACCGUGAAACCAAACCGGUUAGAAGAGAACAUCAACAUCUUCGACUUCAAGUUAGAAAAGGACGAAAUACAACAAAUCAACACGUUAAACACCAACACGAGGUUCACGCUGCCGUCGUUCUGGCAAAACCACCCUUAUUACCCGUUCGAGAAGAUUGAUAAUCCUAUACCAAAUCCUUUUGUUUAGCCC